AUGCCAACCAGUGAGUACGGCGGCUUUGCUAAGCCGUCUGAGGAGGACACGAAUGCAGUGGCAGCAGCAUACUCUUAUGGACAAAAUCUAAGAAUCACUGUUUGUGCUAAUCAGGGUGGGCGUAAAUAUAUGGAGGAUCGUGUACAUAUCGAGUGUGUUCGUUAUGAGGAUGGUUCGAUUGAUUUCACAUAUAUAGCAGUGUAUGAUGGGCAUGGUGGUGCAGAGGCGAGUGAAUAUGUGAGGAGGAAUCUCUUGAAUAAUAUACGAUCGCAGAACGGUUUCAAUGGAAACGAUGAGCAGAUGUUGGACGCUAUUAAGAGUGGUUUCAUGGAAACGCAUUUAGCGAUGUGGAAGGUUGUUGAUGAGUGGCCUCUGACUGCGUCUGGCUAUAGGAGUACGGCCGGAACGACCGCAAGUUGCGCGUUCAUAAGACGUGGUAAACUUUUUACGGCACAUGUUGGUGAUUCUGCCAUUAUUUUGGGUCGUCAACAAGGUGAUUGUGUGAUGGGUAGUUGUUUGACGGUCGAUCACAAACCGGAUAGCGCGGAAGAAGAGCAGAGAAUAAAUAGUGCUGGUGGUAUGAUCAUGCGCAAGUCGGGUGUGAUGCGCGUCGUGUGGACACGACCCGUCCGAGGACACAUCGGUCCUGUCAGACGUUCUACACCUACCGAAAGCAUCGCUUUUUUAGCCGUUGCCCGUGCACUAGGUGAUUUGUGGUCUUAUAAUCAAGACACGAAGCAGUUCAUCGUAAGUCCUGAACCAGAUGUGAGUGUACUGGAACUGGACAGUGACGAUAAAUUCAUUGUAUUGGCAUCUGACGGACUGACGAACGUGUUGAGAGCUAAGGAAGUGGCAGAUAUUGUGUGCAAUUGUGAGAAUGACGGGUGCUUGGAGGAUGGUGACGUGCCGAAUCAUUCACGUGUUCUAAUUCGUCACGCACUCCGUGGUUGGGGCGUUCUACGUGCCGAUAAUAUUUCCGUUGUUACCGUUAUGCUUGACGAUGAGGUGAGGAGUGCUUCUCUACAAAAUAGUCUGUCGAGCAAGAAUGUGAUCGUUUCGUGUGAAGGUGAUAUGGAUUUGGAAGAGAGUCUUACCAAACAACCUGCCUCUAUGAUACGUAUCACACCGUUCGGUUAUCAGCAGUUGCUCACAGUUCCUGUUGAGUUGGUCUAUGCAGGUGCUAUGGAUGCCAAUUUUGGCACAGGACUUGAGUAUAAAGGCCCAGGAUUCAGUUGUCAUACGCGCAUCUUGCAAAAUCAUCUAAUCACCAGCUGCGAUUCGUCAUCGUUAGCACUGAGCAUGUCCCCUCCAGCUCGUCGCACUCGACCGCGUCCAUCACCAUAUUUCUUACCACGUAUCAACUUAUCUGAAGUCAGCGGUAAUACUAACACAACAACAGCAACAUUAGUAACGAGUACUAACGAUAGCACUCAUAGCAGUCUACAACCAACGAGGAACAUUGAAGAAGGGGAUACAAUCGCGAUGAAGACGACGACGACCCCAGAUGAUGUGGUGGCUGAGAGCAGCAGUGCUUACGAGCACUCAGCUGAAACGUCCUCCUCGGCGCGAGUGGUGGUUGUGUCACGAUUGCAGCGGUGCAGUGCUGAUGCCGAAUUCAUCAACGAACAAAUCANUCAACAACAGACUACAAGUCCACUGACACCACUAGCUCGUAAGAGACAUUCAUCUGCGAAGUCUACAAUGACAUAUGGUAGCAGUUUGGUGGCACAGUCGACGUCGUCCUCUGUGAACAGCUCAUCUUAUUUGGAUCUAAGCACUGGGAAACCAGUGAAAUAUUAUUGCACGAAACAUGGACUAUCAUGUAAUAACGUUCGCAGACGUAACGAAGAGUAUGCAGCAUCGAAAAUGCCAAAAAGGGAGAGUGUCAAAACGGACGGGGUGGAUGUAUGCGAGAAUUGUGAAUAUGACAGUACUGAUGAUGAACGCAAUGUGAAUGCAGUGGUGACAUCAACAAACGAACAUUCAACAAAUAUUAAUGUGGUCGAUUAUUUAUUUUUAUCAUCAUCUCUUUUUGAUUAUGCAUUCGAACUUGGUGAAGGAGGGCAUACGUAUGCGUCGUCGAGUGUGAAGACUGUAACGAUUGUCUCACCAAUCACAACCACUCCUCUCUCAGGUCGAAAGCGUUUGGUAGCAAUAAGACGAACCCCGAUGAGCAUACAUCGACGUGGUCAAGCACGUCGUAACCUGAUGGAUAGUGGUGGUGGCCAGAUGGAUCAGCGAAUGUCGUCACCAGAACAACAUCUAGACGAAGGCAGUAGUGCCGAAGAAGAGCCGAAGUCGAGAAGUGUAGAAGAUGCUCGUCAAGCGGAAGGAGAUGAAGAAGUGCACGUUCCAGUGCUUCAGCAGUGCUCUCAUCCAACUUCUGCAAAAUCGAUCACACCUCCUCUCAAUGAAGGGACAUCGAGACGAACUGCCGGUUGCGCGUCAGCCCUUUCACCAGCUCUAAUGUUGGCUGCUUUUCGAGCGCCAGAUCGCAUUUUACAAGCGACGAUGAAGGAUCCUCUGGCUCGUGAUAUCUCUCUUUCUGGUUUGCGGUCACCAUCGAUCAGAUCGCGGUCGUUAUCUGUCGGGCAUACUCCAAUGCUUUCUCCGCUGAAACGAUUGAAUGCUGCCGAUGAAUAUAAUGAGCAUCACGCAGCUGCUGUGAAUGGUGUCUCAGCAGAUGUACAUUUAUUGUCCAAACGUGAACUGUUGGUCGGUGCUGAAGAAGAAGAAGAAGAGGCGAGCCCACAGUGUGAACCACCGACGAAACGAUCGCGUUUCUGGGGAUUCUUCAGCAACAUGCUCGGAGGUGCUAAAAGCUCAUCCAAAUAA